AUGGACUGGGUCAGCGUCGAGCAGGACCCGCUUACGAACAUCACUUCCAGCGACGAGUCUGCCACCGACGCAACGCCUCCGACCUUCCCCGAAGACCCCAUCCGAUUACCAGGCGUGCAGGCGGUGUUGAUCAUGGCCUACUGCGCCAUCAUCCUCCUGGGGCUUUUGGGUAAUUCUCUUGUCAUCUACGUCAUCUACCGCUUCAAGACGCUACGCACCGUCACUAACUUCUUCAUUGCCAACUUGGCUGUCGCUGACCUACUGGUGAAUGCGCUUUGUCUCCCGUUCACGCUGGCCUACACGCUUCAAGGCGAGUGGCAGUUCGGUAGCGCCCUCUGCUUCCUGGUGCCCUUCGCCCAGGGUCUGGCAGUCCACGUAUCCAUUCUGACCCUCAACGUCAUCGCCCUGGAUCGCCACAGGUGCAUCAUUCACCAUCUGGAAACCCGGAUGCGGAAAGACACAUGCUUCUGGGUGAUCGCGCUGACCUGGUUGCUGAGCGCCGCGCUGGCCAGCCCGCUUGCCAUUUUUCGAGAGUAUGGCUCCUUCACGCUGACGCCGGGGCACAGCAUCCGGGCGUGCACAGAAAAGUGGCCCGGAUCCAGCACGGACGGGACGGUGUACAGCGUCUCCAUGCUGGUGCUGCAGUACUUCCUCCCGCUCGCUGUCAUUUCCUUCGCGUACACUCGCAUCUGGUCCAAGCUGCGAGCUCACGUCAACCCGGCGGAGGCCGGUGGCGAGGGAGCAUCAGUGGGCUCCGAACGCCAGCGCCGCCGCCGCAAGACCACCAAAAUGCUGGUGACCAUGGUUGUGGUAUUCGCCGUCAGUUGGCUGCCCUACCACGCCUUUCAGCUAGCCACUGACAUCGACAGCAGCGUGCCGGACAUGCCGCACUUCCGCCUGCUAUACACCCUCUUUCACGUGGUAGCCAUGUGCUCCACCUUCGCCAACCCGCUGCUCUACGGAUGGAUGAACCGCAACUUUCGCGCCGCCUUCCUAGCCGCCUUCAAGCUCAGGGACAGACUGGGGCCGCGCGGACACAGAGACUCCGUGCAUCCGCUGGAUGGAGAAGGCGAGGGCGGAAGGUUGAAGUUGGCGCAGGGGAGGCAGGAAGUCGCUUCAGCCUGCCUCAACGCCACUGACGUGUGA